AUGGAGCUUGUUACGCUCCUACAGGGCAAGGAGCCCCCGAUUUUGGCCGAAGAGAUGAAGAACCUCAAAGAUCGCGGAGUGAAGUAUGCUAGGGCGUAUAAGAGUUUUGAUAGUGCCGCUGCUGCUUUGAAGGCAGAGUUAAGGAUUCAGGACAUUACUGACGAGUUUACCGCUAGCAAGCCGAUCGAGCUCUCCCCGGCUAGAGUCGGGGUUCGCGACCAGUUUGGGUCAAAUGAGGAUAAUCUGGAUCUUCCAGAGCUAAGUUCAUAG